GUGCGAUACACUUGGAGCGCAGCGGCAGUUUGCGCCUCCGUCGCGGACAGUCCGGGUCCGCAGCGGCUCCUCUCAGCGCUUCAAGCCGGAUCUCCUACAGUCCAAAGACAUGCAAAUGUGGAGAGAAAGCCUUCAUUCUUUCAGCUGAUUAAAACUCCAUCUGCACAAAAGUCUUGAAAAAUCUGAGAUGUGUCUCCGUUUUACUGGGGCAUGGAUAACGCAAAGAAAACAAGCAUUUACAACCACAACGCCUGAGGGUAAAAUGCACGAGAGGCAACUGAGCUCAGAGCGGAUCUUCAACCAGCCCACUGAUCUCGGUCCAGGAGCAGAACCAGGCACUAGGUGCAUGCGGACACGGGCUCCAUGAUGGAGGCCUGGCCGACGGUGGCCCGGCUCCUGCUGCUCUCCUCCAUCGCUGGCUGGCUGAGGCCUUGUGAUUCGCGGGAUUUCACCAUGAAGGACAUAGUGCAGCUGCAUCCCUCAACAACCCCUCACCCUGGUGCCUUCAAGUGCUUCACGUGCCAGGACGCCGCGGACAACUACGAGUGCAACCGCUGGGCUCCGGACGUGUACUGUCCACAAGGCACCAGAUACUGUUACACGCGUCACAUGAUGGACGAUCACGGCGACAGCGUGUCCGUGACCAAGCACUGCGCGUCCGUGGACGGCUGCCUGUUUACCGGCUGCGUCGACGCCGCCUAUGACGGCUACCAGGUGUGCUCGUCCUGCUGCGAGGGGAACAUCUGCAACGUGCUGGUGCCGAGGAACGAGAGCAGCGCCGUCUUCUCGUCCACGUCUCCCCUGCUCAGCUCCAGCGGCAGGCUCCGUCCCGCGGCGCUGAGCCUCACCGUCGGCGUCUUCGCUGGGAAAACUCUGCAUCUGUGCGCCAUUAUCGCACACUGAUAAAUAAAAGCACUUUCCUACUGUUGAGAAAUGAAGGAUACACGUGUUGUCUGACAUGCCACUGCAGAAACAGUUCCCGUAGGUUAGUUUUCCGUCCUUUUGACAGACAUGUAUUUUAUUUGUUUUUUUUAUUGCUAAUUUAUUUAUGCAAAGUGUCUACGUAACAGUAUUAUUGUGAGCAUGUCAGCAUGUGUUUUCACAGGUUAUGUUCAUAUUAAAUUUAAUUUAUGUAUUAGA